AUGCGACAUACCGAGAUUUUGCUCGAUUCCUGUUCGAGCGGAGGAUUCGAGGAUAAUAACUCUAACGUGACCCGUCAAAAUCAAGAAUUCACGCUGCAGCCAUGCACCGUGAUUGUCCCCUCGAUUGCAAGUGUAUGGGUCGCCAGAAACCCCCCAGGUUUUGCCUUUGUGGAGUUUGAAGAUCCCAGAGAUGCUAAUGAUGCAGUUCGUGAGCUUGAUGGAAGGACAAUGUGUAACUGCCGGGUGAGAGUUGAGUUGUCCAGUGGAGAGAAGCGCAGUCGUUCACGUGGGGCACCCCCUCCUUGGAGCAGACGACCCAGAGAAAGAGAUGAUUAUCGAGGACGACGAAGUCCACCAGCUCGAAGAAGAUCCCCACGCAGGAGAAGUUUUAGCCGCAGUCGAAGCAGAUCCUUCUCUAGGGAUAGGAGGAGGGAAAGGUCCCUUUCUCGGGAUAGAACCAACAAACCUUCAAGAUCCUUUUCACGCUCUAGGAGUCGCUCCAGGUCAAAUGACAGAAAAUGA